AUGGAUGGGCUAACUGGGGAUUUGGACCAGAUUGGUCGUCUAAGCAUUCCCUCAUGGCCCUCACUUAAGGAUGGGUUUCCGAACUUUUCCGGUUUCCCGUCUUUGGGUAACCUACCGCAGCUUCCAUCGUUUGAUCUCCCUUCAUUUGACCUUUCGGAAGUGUCUAAAUCUGUUUCACAGUAUAUGAACGCUUUGAGGAAUAGGACUGGGGGAGGUGAAGAUGAAGAGGAUCCUAAGAUUCUUAAUUCGGUUAAAACGGCCGUGGCUACAAAGAUCCAAAUGAAUAGUUUCCUUCAGGAUUUGCGAAAUGGUCGUUCGCUUCAAGCUGCUAUAGAUAGAUUGCAGCCACUCAGUGAUCUUAUUCAUGAAGUCAUUACACUUCCUGUGGAUGGAGACGAGGAAAUGGAAAAGGAACCCGAAACGGCAUUUGAACCUGAAGGUGUGGGUGAGAUUGUUAACCGUGAACAGCCACUCUUAACCCAACUUGUUUCACCAGACGGAGAGGAAAUCGAUGGUCUUCUUGACCCAACGCACAGGUCCAGACGUGACAGGCAUAGACAUAGAGCCAAUAGGCUAUUCAAACGUGCUGGAAGUGCUGUACUCUCUGAUGAUGGUACUCAGACAGGAAGUGAUCUUGAUUACAUGGAUGAACUUACCCCUGAGGAAGCCAAAGCACUUACUCAUUUGGAUUCGAUAGAUGACUUUUAUAAAGAGGAUCUUCUUCGAAGCAAGAUCCAGAAAAUCCAAAACUUGGCUGACCUUAGUCAACUGUCAAAGAAUAAGUUGGUGACUCGACUCAUGAUGGGAAACUACUACAAAUACAUAAACGAAAAGCUUGCAGAGAAGAAGGGCUUUUCCUUACGAAACCAAGCGGGUCUUCAUUUACCUGAGGAUAAAGAAGCCAAGCAGGAACUAAUGGAGGAGCAACCUGCUCCACUAACGACUGACGAUGAAUCAUGCGAUGAAGAGAUGGAGGAAGUUGACGAUGACGAAGUUGUACUUACUAGAGAAGAUACGCUUCCAUCAUACUUUGACGAAGAGAAGGGGGUUUUGGGUUGCAGCCACUAUCAGAGAAACUGCAAGCUCGAGUGCCCCACAUGUCUCAAGUGGUACCCUUGCCGGUUCUGCCACGAUCAGGAAGUAACCGACCAUAAACUUCAGCGUAACGCCGUGAAACACAUUCUUUGCAUGAAGUGUAACGCACCCCAGGUCCCUGACACGGCUUAUUGUGUCAAUUGUGAUGAAGAAUUAGCGAACUACUUUUGCAGCAAGUGCGUUUUGUAUGAUAACGAUCCAAACAAGGAUAUCUACCAUUGUGACAAAUGUGGAAUUUGUCGUUUAGGUCUUGGUAUUGGCAAGGACUAUUUCCAUUGUGACGAGUGCAAUAUUUGUUUGAGUAUCGACUUGAAAGAACAUCACAAGUGUGUUACCAAUACCACGCAUUGCAACUGUCCAAUUUGCAACGAGUACCUUUUCACGAGUGUCAGCAAAGUGGUGUUCAUGAAAUGUGGGCAUCUGAUUCACGAAUCAUGCUACGAUGAAAUGGUCAAGCAUUCCUACAAGUGUCCCGUUUGCAAAAAGACCGUUGUGAAUGUGGAAACACAAUUCCGUAUUCUCGAUCAAGAAAUCCGCCAGCUGCCGCUACCCCAUCCCUACAACAUGUGGCGUUGUAUCAUCAGCUGCAACGACUGCAAAGGCAAAAGCAGUUGUCAGUACCAUGUGCUUGGGCUUAAAUGUAAAUAUUGCCAGAGCUACAACACGAACCAACUCAAGCUCAUCAAGCCAGAAGAGGAAAGCGCCAACAAUUCAGCGGAAGAAGAACUGGAUGGAGACAAUGAUCGGAUAGCUUCAAUGCGGCUCAUGCAAACGAACCUCAGCAGUAACUUUAUCAUUGACGAACAGACAACAGACAACAACACAGAGUAUGACGCCGACUACAACAGUGAAGGUGAAGGAGAGGGGCUGGAUGACCAAGAAGGCGGGAACACCGGAAGUAUAGUGAACUUCCGCAGACUUACGAAAUCACUACUAGGGAAAAGAGAUGUGGACCGAACCUCCAUCACUGCAGUGUUCCAAAACUUUAUUAAUCACACAAUCGCAGAGGUGGCUUCCGAUAACGAAGAAGACCAAUCUGAUCCAGAUAUACUUGGCGGGUUUUAG